GUGAGCGGAGAUGGCUUCAGUGAGCCGCAAACAGAGCGAGGCUGUGAUGGCAGCUGAUGGAGGAGCUGAUGAUGGAGGACAGGAGCAGGACUUUCUGGAGGAAGAUCUGAAAUCAUGGCGGAAUGUUUGCAGGCUGCUGGAGGAGGUCCGACAGGAGAGCAGAGCUCUGGAGGAGCAGGUUCUGAGCGGCAGCAGCUCUGGACCUCCUAAAGUUUCAGCGGCUCUCUCCGCUGCAGAGGAGGUCCGCAGCUCCCUGGAGGAGCUGCUGCAGCGCGAGCAGCGGGUCUCCGAGCAGCUACAGCAGCACCUGCAGGGCUCUGAUCGGUGGAUGGAUGAUUUUGGACAGACGUGCGACCAUGUGGACUUCAUAGAGAGGUCCAUGAAAUACCUGAAGUGCCUUCAGCACAUCGAGGAAGUGAGCGCUGCCGUCCAGCAGUCUCUGAUGAUCAACAGCGUGUGGGACGCCAUAAAGGGAGUGGAGAGCAUGGCGGCUCUGGACUGCAGGCUGAACAGCUCCCAGUGUUCCCAUCUGCGCCACUUCCUGAGGAAAACUCUGUGCUUCUGGCACAACAUCAUCAAGGACCGCCUGAGCAGUGAUUUUGAGAAAGUGUUGACUCAACUUCAGUGGCCCAUCAUCACACCCAGCCAGCCGGUGACCCCCCCUGCUAACUCCCUGGAUCUGGGCGGCCAGUUGGAGGGUCUGCUGCUGCAGCUGCUCGCUCUGCAGACCUCGUAUCCUUUCGUCCUCUGCAGAUCCAGGAAUAUCUCCUAUCUGCUGCCAUCAGAGAGAAGCAGAGAUGAAAGAAAUGUUUGUUUUUUUAUUGCUGGGGGGGAAAAAGGUAGGGGAGAGCCUCUGAUCUGCAGUUCUGUUCCUAAAGACGGGUUGUCCUGCUUGCAGCCAGAGUGGUACCUGACUCAGGUGCUGAAGUGGAUGGAGAGCAGCUCCGCCUUCAUGGAGGAGAAGAUUCAGCCCGUCUUUGACCGAGCUGGGAAAACCAUCAGUGCUAAAGUGGAGCUCUGUCGAGGCCUGGUGCAUCUGGUCCAGGAGAAGGUGGCCAGCGAUGCGGCUCGGAUGCUGUAUGACGACGGACUCUUCUGCCACCUGGUGGAAGAGGUGCUCCAGUUUGAGAAAGACCUGAGAGGCCGUCACUCGUACCCCGCCCCGCUGCCCGGCCUGCUGCACAUCCUGCUGGAGGACGCCUUCCUGCAGAAGUGGCUCGCUGUGGAACGGAAGAUGGCGGUGGAGAAGAUGGACGCCAUGCUUUCGGCCGAGGGGGCGUGGACGUCCCAGUAUAAAGACAUCAGUGAUAUGGAUGAGCUGAAGGCGCCCGAGUGUGCGGAGACGUUCAUGACUCUCCUUCAGGUGAUCACAGAACGCUACCGGGCCUUGUCCAGUCCUUCAGCACAGCUCCGGUUCUUUGGGCUACAGAAGGAGUUGGUUGACGACUUCCGCAUACGACUAACUCAGGUGAUGAAGGAAGAGUCCCGCUGCCCUCUGGGGCUCCGCUACUGCGCCAUCCUCAAUGCCGUCAACUACAUCUCCACCAUUCUGAGGGACUGGGGAGACAAUGUGUUCUUCCUCCAGCUGCAGCAGGCGGCCAUUUCUCUGGGGGAGCAGGAGGUCCUGGGCAGCCUGGAAAUGACAGAAGUCGGCCGCCUGACUUCCCUGGAGGGCUCUCUGUUCGAUGGGCUGCUGUCCCUGCUGGACCGCCUGAAGGGGGACAUGCUGGGACGCCUGCUGCACUUCCUGAUGAGGGAGACCUCUGAGAAGGCUCAGCCGUACUGCCAGGAGAGAUGGCUGUCCAUCCCAGCUCCACAAGACCAGUCCACCAUGUCCCUGUCCAGCUCCGCCUGCCCCAUGAUGCUGUGUGUGAGGGACAGACUGCUGAACCUCCAUCAGGUCUUGAGUCUCUCUCUCUUCCAGCUGGCUUGGCAGGGAUUGGCUGAAAAACUGGACGCCUUCAUCUACCAGGAGGUCAUUCUGGCCAAUCACUUCAGCGAUGGGGGGGCGGCCCAGCUCCAGUUCGACAUGACCAGGAACCUGUUCCCUCUGUUCGGACAUUACUGCCGGAGACCCGAGAACUUCUUUAAGCACGUGAAGGAGGCCUGCAUCAUCCUGUGUCUCCGGGUGGGCCCUGCCAUCCUGCUGAAGGAGCACCUCAAACAGGCGGGGCAGGAGGAGAACGCUGGUUCAGCGGAGUCUCCUCUAAGGGAGUUUGGGGUUUUCUGCUUGUCGCCGUCCGACGUGUCGAUUCUCCUCAACCUCAAAGCUUCGCUGCCUGGAAUGUGAGGCGUCUGUGGAUGGGGGUCAGAUUUCCCCCGAUGGCUGAUCAAAGCGCUGCUAGCAUCAGCAGAACUAGAGUUAAUAAAUCCAGAUAAGCCUG